AUGGCGGAGGCCGCGCCGCAGCACCUGGCGCUGCCCUCAGGGCUGCUGGAGCUGUGCGCGUUGCUGGGGCCCUCCCGGGACAGCCUCCGCGGCCCCGACCAGAUGUCCCUGAAGAACGGGGUCAGCUGCCCCUCUUCUCUCGAUCCGGAGGUCCUGUCCAUUUUUGUGCCUCCUUUCGUCACUAAGGAGGACAGUCAGAUGGCUGGUGCCCCCUGUGUGACUCCGAGCAAGACCAGAAGACGCUCCUUCAGAAAGAAGAGGGAUAAGCCCAAAACAGAGCCCUGGAAGGGCCUCCCUCCUGAAGACGUUAGUGUCCCCAACGGCGUGGACCUGCUUGCCCUGCCUCAGCUCUGCUUCCCAGGGGGCGUAUACGUGGCCUCGGAACCGAGGGAGGACUGUGUCCACUUCCUGGUGCUGACUGAUGUCUGUGGGAACAGAACAUACGGCGUGGUUGCCCAGUACUACCGACCCCUACAUGAUGAGUCGUGUUUCUACAAUGGCAAGGCGCACUGGGAGCCGUCCUGGCCGACCGUGGGCGCGGCUGGCUGCUUCGUACCGUUCGCGGUGUGCGUGGUCUCCAAGCUCCCCUAUUACAACGCACUCAAGGACUGCCUGUCCUGUUUAUUGACUCACCUGAAGCUCUGUAAAGAUUUUGAAGUUGACAAUCACAUAAAAGAUUUUGCUGCAAAACUGUCUUUAAUACCUAGCCCGCCGCCUGGACCACUUCACUUGAUAUUUAACAUGAAGCCGCUACAGAUCGUGUUUCCCUCCCGCGCGGACCCUGAGAGCCCGCUCAUCGACUUGGACCUUCACCUGCCCUUGCUGUGCUUCAGGCCUGAGAAGGUGCUGCAGAUCCUAACGUGCCUCCUCACGGAGCAGCGGAUUGUGUUCUUCUCCUCCAACUGGGCGCUGCUGCCGCUGGUUGCCGCGUGCUUCCUGGCCUACCUGCACCCCCUGCAGUGGCAGCACACCUUCGUGCCUGUCCUGUCACACCAGAUGCUGGACUUCGUUAUGGCGCCGACGUCCUUCCUCAUGGGCUGUCACCUCGACCACUUUGAAGAAGUCAGCAAGGAAGCUGAUGGUCUAAUUCUGAUAAAUAUCGAUAACGGGAGCGUCACCUGCUCUAAUGACGAGGACGUCGAUGUCCCGGACAUCCCCCUGCUAGCGGCACAGACCUUCAUUCAGAGGGUCCAGAGCCUCCAGCUGCACCACGAGCUGGACCUUGCACACCUGGGCACCAGCACGGACCUGAACGAGGGGCGCACCCGCAGGCGGGCCUGGCAGCAGAGACUCAACUGCCAGGUGCAGCAGGUGGCCCUGCACCUGCUCUUCAGCAUCUUCAGGGAAGUGAAGAACCACCUAAAUUACGAACACAGAGUGUUUAAUAGUGAGGAGUUUCUCAAAACCAGGGCUCCGGGGGACCAGCAGUUUUAUAGACAGGUGUUGGAUACCUACAUGUUUCACUCUUUCCUUAAAGCCCGGCUCAGUGGAAGGAUGGACGCCUUCGCCCAGAUGGACCUCCACAUGCAAUCCGAAGAGGACAGAUUUAACGGGAUGCUGGCAAGUCCAAGAAGACCGACCAUUGAGAAGAUGGCCUCACGGAAAUCCUCACCCCUGCACGUCGCUCACAGGAGGAUGGUGGUCAGCAUGCCCAACCUGCAGGACAUCACCAUCCCCGAGCUGCCGGCCCGGAACUCGUCGCUUCGCAAAGUGGAUGCCUCGGAGUGCAGUAGCGGCAGCACAGUUCUGAGUGUGACCCCGAAGCCGACGUAUACGUUCAAGAUCCCGGAGAUUCACUUCCCCCUGGUGAGCCAGUGCGUGCAGGCCUACUACUCCGACUGCGUCGCUCUGCUGAGCAAGGCCAUGAGCCUUCUGGCGCCCGACAACUCCGUGCUCCUGGCACGGUACUUCUACCUCCGCGGGGCCGUGCACUUGAUGCACGGGCAGCUGCUGGACGCCCUCCUGGACUUCCAGAGUCUGUACAAAACAGACAUCAGGAUCUUUCCUGCUGACCUUGUUCGGAGGAUGGUGGGGUCCCUGUCAGGGCCCCAGCGCGCCCAGGCCGAGCGGGUGCCCGAGCUGCGGCGGCUCAUCAGUGAGGUGGUGGACAAGCCCGGAGAGGCCCCCAAGCCGGACGACCGCGUGAAAAACUUCGAGCUGCCCAGGAAGCACAUGCAGCUGGACGAUUUCGUGAAGAGGGUUCAGGAGUCGGGCAUCGUGAAGGACACCAGCAUCAUACACCGACUAUUUGAGGCGCUAACCGUAGGACACCAGAAACAGAUUGACCCAGAAACAUUCAAAGAUUUCUACAACUGCUGGAAGGAGGCAGAAGCAGAGGCCCAGGAGGUCAGUCUGCCUUUGUCGGUGAUGGAGCACCUGGAUAAGAACGAGUGUGUUUACAAGCUGUCGAGCUCUGUCAAGACGAAUCACGGCGUGGGCAAGAUCGCCAUGACCCAGAAGCGCCUGUUCCUCCUGACGGAAGGGAGACCGGGCUACGUGGAGAUUUCCACCUUCAGGAACAUAGAGGAAGUGAGAAGUACCACCGUAGCGUUUCUGCUUCUGCGAAUACCCACUUUAAAAAUUAAAAUGGCGUCCAAGAAAGAAGUGUUUGAAGCUAAUCUGAAGACGGAGUGUGACCUGUGGCACCUGAUGGUGAAGGAGAUGUGGGCCGGGAAGAAGCUGGCUGACGACCACAAGGACCCUCAGUACAUCCAGCAGGCGCUGACGCACGUCCUGCUGAUGGACGCCGUGGUCGGCACGCUGCAGUCGUCCAGCGCCGUCUAUGCCGCUUCCAAACUGUCCUACUUCGAUAAGAUGAAGAGCGAAAUGCCCUUGACGGUCCCAAAGACAACCUCGGAAACCCUGAAGCACAGGAUAAAUCCUUCAGCGGGAGAGACUUUCCCACAUGCCGUGGACGUCUUGUUGUACACGCCAGGGCAUCUGGACCCAGCAGAAAAAGUGGAGGAUGCCCACCCCAAGUUAUGGUGUGCUCUGAAUGAAGGCAAAGUGACUGUGUUUGACGCUUCCUCUUGGACGAUUUACCAGCAUUGCUUUAAAGUGGGCACUUCCAAGCUGAACUGCAUGGUGAUGGCAGAGCAGAACCAGGUGUGGGUCGGCUCCGAGGACUCGGUCAUCUACAUCAUCAACAUCCACAGCAUGUCCUGCAACAAGCAGCUCACCGACCACCGCUCCAGUGUCACGGACCUGGUUGUUCAGAACGGGACGCCCAGCAAGGUGUAUUCGUGCAGCAGGGAUGGGACCAUCCUGGCGUGGAACGGGAGCACCCUGCGAGUGACCAGCAGGUUCCAGCUGCCGGGCGGCAGACUCUCGUCCAUCAGCCUGCAUGACGGCUGCCUGUGGUGCUGCACCGGGAACAGUAUUGUGGUUGUGACGUCGAACGGACUGCUUUGUCAAGAACUGAAGAUCAGCGAGAACGUUGGGGACAUCUGCACGUCCUUCCUCAGUCUCCAACUCCUCCCCGAGCAGGAGCAGCUCUGGGCGGCGUGUGCCGGAUUCAACAGCAUCUACGUUUGGAGCCUGAAGGACCUGACCCAGCGCCCUCAGGCGGUUCACCUUCAGGACUGCUCCGAGGUCAGCUGCAUGAUCACGGUGAAGCAGCAGAUCUGGGUAGGCGGCACAGGUCUGUCACAGGGCAAGUCCAAAGGGAAGAUCUACGUCAUUGACGCCGAGAGGAAGACAGUGGAAAAGGAGCUGGUGGCCCACAUGGACACGGUGAAGGCCCUGUGCUCGGCAGAGGACAGAUACGUGCUGAGCGGGUCCGGCGGCGGGGAGGGGAAGAUCGCCAUCUGGAAAGUUGAGUAA